UCAUUAUUUGUUCAUUGUUUUAUAGUUCCUAUUGACUCAACUAAAGGAAUCAAGAUGUUAUAUGUAUUUGUGGACAUAAAGCUGGAUGCCACACAUUUUGUCAACACAGUCAGACACAAUUUUGAAGCCGGAAAGUCACUUGCACUUUUGAGCACAGUCCAGUUUGUGACAACACUUCAAGUAUGUAUUAAAUGAUUACACUGAUGGGACAGUAUUGGGAUCAUGUUUAUUGUAGGUACAGUACUCUUGACUGAAUAUAUUGGUUGAGAGUUGGUUGAUACUUAACCAAUAUAUUGGUUGACAGUCAGUCGACAGUCGGUCGACUGACUGCUUCUUCUGGAUGGGAGGAGCAUCUCACAUGGUUCCCUAUCAGGCAUUUUGUCAAGUUUCCAUGACAACACACCAGUACCCAUUUCUCUCCAGGCUAGAGAGAGGGGAGAGAGAAUGCAACACAGUGACUUGGCUGAGACUUAAACCCUGUGGUUUUGACCCAGUGUCUCCUUUUAUUGUGUUCAUACUUUCAAAUAAUUUUUACAUAUAUGUAUUUAAUUUGUUGUUUACCCAGGCUGUAUAUCAAGACCUGUGUAAAGAUUAUCAGGUAGAGAUUCCGCAGUGUAAACCAUUGUCACCUGGAGAGAUUCUGGGCUGCACUGCUUCUAGAAUAAAACACAAGGAUGCAUUCAUGUAA